CGGAGACAAACACAGCAGUAGGUCGCGACGUUCCUGUCAAGUCCAGGACUGAACGAGGUUUGCGAGCAGGACCGGGAGCAGAGGCGCAGAGGUUUCACUGCUUACGGGACUCAUUUCUAACUAACUCCCCACUUUGCUUUUAUUUAUUUCCGUUCUCCGCAAGGUGACAAGUGGCUCUUUGGGACUCCGAAGGAAGGGAUUUGAGGAGUGCAUUGAAACGGCUGAGGCUUUCAGUUUCCCCUGGUUCACCUUAACAUGGCUUCAACAACCUGCACCAGGUUUACCGAUGAGUACCAGCUGUACGAGGAGCUGGGGAAGGGUGCGUUCUCCGUGGUGAAGCGGUGCAUGAAGAUUUCCACAGGGCAGGAGUACGCUGCGAAAAUAAUCAAUACCAAGAAGUUGUCUGCUAGGGACCACCAGAAGUUGGAGCGAGAGGCCAGGAUCUGCCGCCUGCUCAAGCAUCCCAACAUUGUGCGGCUCCACGACAGCAUAUCAGAGGAAGGAUUCCACUAUCUGGUCUUUGACUUAGUUACCGGUGGUGAGCUGUUCGAGGACAUUGUUGCCAGGGAGUACUACAGUGAAGCCGAUGCCAGUCAUUGCAUUCAGCAGAUCCUAGAGGCCGUGCUCCACUGCCACCAGAUGGGUGUGGUCCACCGCGACCUUAAGCCAGAGAAUUUGCUUCUAGCCAGCAAGUUAAAGGGGGCUGCGGUUAAACUGGCAGAUUUUGGCCUGGCCAUUGAAGUUCAGGGAGAUCAGCAGGCAUGGUUUGGUUUUGCUGGGACACCAGGAUACCUGUCUCCAGAGGUGCUGAGGAAAGAUCCCUACGGCAAGCCGGUGGACAUGUGGGCCUGUGGAGUGAUCCUCUACAUUCUACUUGUGGGAUAUCCUCCAUUCUGGGAUGAGGACCAGCACAGACUCUACCAGCAGAUUAAAGCUGGGGCAUAUGAUUUUCCCUCUCCAGAGUGGGACACAGUGACCCCAGAGGCCAAAGACCUGAUCAACAAGAUGCUGACCAUUAACCCUGCCAAGAGAGUUACUGCCACUGAUGCACUCAAACACCCUUGGAUCUGCCAACGCUCCACUGUAGCAUCCAUGAUGCACAGACAGGAGACUGUGGAGUGCCUCAAGAAGUUCAACGCUAGGAGGAAACUCAAGGGUGCUAUUCUGACCACAAUGCUCGCCACUCGUAACUUCUCAGCCAAGAGCCUGCUGAAUAAAAAACCAGAUGGUGUCAAAAUCAACAACAAGGCCAAUGUGGUCACCAGCCCAAAAGAGCCUGUCCCCACUCCUUCUCUGGAGCCUCAAACCACUGUUAUCCACAACCCAGCUGAUGGAAACAAGGAGUCCAGUGAGAGCGCCAACACUACCAUCGAGGACGAGGACGUGAGAGCUCGGAAGCAGGAGAUCAUCAAAGUGACUGAGCAGCUGAUUGAGGCCAUCAACAAUGGAGACUUUGAAGCCUACACGAAGAUAUGUGAUCCUGGGCUCACAUCCUUUGAACCUGAAGCCUUGGGCAACUUGGUGGAGGGCACAGACUUUCACCGCUUCUACUUUGAGAAUGCUCUGUCUAAGGGGAAGCAGCCCAUCCACACCAUCCUGCUCAACCCACACGUCCACCUGAUCGGGGACGAAGCCGCCUGCAUUGCCUACAUCCGCCUCACCCAGUACAUCGACAGUAACGGCAUGCCUCGCACCAUGCAGUCAGAGGAGACCCGUAUCUGGCACCGCCGUGACAGCAAGUGGCAGAAUAUCCACUUCCACCGCUCUGGCUCCCCCACCGUUCCCACCAACUGAGAUGACCAUCUUUGACUACCUUCCAGCCUACAGCAGUCAGCUGACCAACUUCUGCCUGCCAUGUGUCCAUCAAAUCCCUCAGCCAAUACCCGCCCCUUGUUUGCUAGAGCUCUGCCCUCUCAGUGUGUUGUUUACAUAUUGUCGCUGCUGAACUGAAGUUUAUUAUAAAUGUCUAAAAAAAAAAAAAAAAAAAAAAAAAAGGGAGAGACGCGAGAGAGAGAAGUUCACAUUUUGACAAUAUCAUUUUGUAGUGAGAGUGCAUGGAUUUUAUUUCAGGAUAUCUCUAUUUGCAGCAUUUUUAUUACUGAUGUCUUGAUUUUUAUUUUUUCCCCACCCCCUUUAAACAGAAGUGGACUUUAAUGGUGCCACUUGUUCCACUUGAUUGAUUUUAAAUGGGCUGGUCUAAUAUGUGAAACUCCCAGUGACUUUUUCAUUGGAACAUUACACAUAUUGCGCUAUUGUGACAUUUUUUGCCUUUUGGCACAAUGGCCAAUAUAUUACAUAUCUGCUUUUUAAUCGUGUUUUCUUUUCACAACUGCCAUCUAUUGAAGCUCAGGCACAAGCUCGCUUUGUUUCGGUGAUAUAUAGGUUUUGGUAAUCGGUGUAAAUGGCUCUUUUUUGCUUGCUCUUCAGCAGCUUCCAUAUGAGUUAUCUUACAGAUGUGUUUGAGUAUGUUUACUGGGAUGUUUACUAGGAAUUUUAACUACAUGUUUAAAAGGGAAAAAACAAUGGAACCAUUUGUUUCUUUAGUCAGUUUGGACCUCCAUCAUCACGGAGUUGCACAUGAGGAGAGUCUCUUAUGAUAGAAUGUAAACUGUAGAAAUAGAUUCUUAAAUUCUAAUUCUUAAAGACCAUUCUGUGACUCUUGCCAGUCAAAUCACAUUUUCAUAUAAGGAGCUAAUUAUGUGAAUUUUAUCUGUUGUUUUUUUGUUUACAUUUUCUAGUGUGAUAUUGAUGCUCGUCCCUCCACUUCUCAUUCUCAUUACUUACCUUUAAGAACAUUCUACCCUCUGUGUUUUGUCCAUACUAACCACCUUUACUCGGCCAUGUUGUACACUGGACAAACACACAGUAUACUCGCGUUCAGCUGUUUGAAGCCAGUUUGCUACCCGGUUUUUCAUCAGUGACUGGAUUACUAAGCAGUAAAUCAUCACUCAUAUAUGCGUUAUGUUACACUAUAAUUGUUAUUUUAGCAUCACCGUCCGAUUUUAAGGGGAAAUGGUUGUUUUUUGCGGAGAUCAGAGAGGAACAAAAUGUAACUGUAGAAUCACAACAAGUGGGGAGGAAGCCACCGUUAAGAAAGUCACCGGGUGUGCUUUUGUACAUUAAAUAAUGACGUCACUGAACUAUUUAGAAAAUUGUUUUGUAUUGAUUUGUUUACUCACAUGUCCAUCCUACAGCACACUUUGGUUUUAUCUUUGUGAUGGGACGCUGGUAUGUAAUGUUGCCAUGAUGGGACUAGCCUGAUGUUUAAGAAAUCUCAAAUAAAAUGUGAUUUAUGCCAAUGA